GAAGGAUGGAGAGUGGAUUGUCGGCUACAACCAAUCUAGCGGCGGGCGUGGGUGAUGGGAAGACGAUUUGCAUUAAAGCUGUGGCUGCAAAUGGGUCCGUUCGUCUUCCUUGCUAGUUGGCUUUUAUCUUGCGCGGCGGGAAGGAUUGUCCGACGCAACAACGAACUCGAGCCUAGGAUCGCGCCGAAGCAACAAAGUCGAGUGUUAAGGGGGGGGGGAGGGGGAGGGAGCGAGGCUUAGAUGGGCAUGGAUUGGCUGUAUGUAGGGUGGGUAGGGCCAGUUGGGUAGUAGUAGUGUAGGGCUGGACUGGGCAGCGGGACGUUAGGUGGUAUAGAGUAUAGUACAGUAGUGGGUUAUUAGCGGUGCAGUAG